AUGUUUACCACCGAUAGAAGUCGUGAUUUUGGUAAAUGGUGCAUAAUGCUUGGUCGUGGAAUCUUGGCUCUUAUUGACACAAAUUAUUGUUCUCCAAAGCUAACUGCACCAAAAAAAUACACACCAAAAAUGCCAACUUUGAAAAAAUCAAACGCAUCUUUACUCGAUUUAUCAAACCGUCUUGUCAACAAAUUCUCAGAAAUUUCUUCAUUUACUGAACUUGAUGAAAUUCCAAAGGAUAUGGCUAACGAUUGUUAUCGUCCACGAGUUCCAUCCGCACUCAAUCCUAAUAGAAAUUCUGAACGAAAAAAUAUAAACAUGUUUCCAAGUAAAAGACAUUCUCAUUUAGCUUCUACCAAACAAAAACGUAGUAUGUCCGUAAAGUUGAUAAAUUCUACCGCCGCCAACCGUGUAAUGAUUAAACAAAAAUCUAAAUAUUAUUCAUUAUCGAUAAAUCAAACUAAUGAAAUAAUAGAGACACCAGAAUAUAUUGCUAUUAAAAAUUCUUCUGCCAUUAAUAAUGAAAUCAAAGAUAAAAAUGUGAAACUUUAUGAAGAUCGUCCAACAAUUCAUCAACAAGAACGUCGUUUACAUAACAAUAAACCUCCAUCUAUUGAAUGGGCGUAG